AUGGUAAACCAUGCACAUAAACAUUAUUCUAAUUCGUUUAAAAGACAUGCCGAUGACGAUAUUGAAAUUUUAACAUUUUAUCAAAAUUUACACCAAAAGGUGGAUGAUUUGCCAUCAAAACCAUUUUUAUUCCAAAUGCUCGGCCUUGUUCAAUCAAUUCAAACAUUAAAAUCAAAAACAUCAGCAGGGCAUGAAAAAGUAUCGGACAAAUUAAUUAAGCUACUUGCUCGUUCACAUUGUAGUUUUAUAUUAAUUACACUCAACAGUUUAUUAGUUAAAAAUGAAUCUUUUAAUUACUGGAAAAAAGGUGAAAUGAUCUUACUGCCGAAAGAUAAAACAACAUUAAUAGAUAUUAACAACACCAGACCAAUUAGCCUUCUACCAUGUUUAGGAAAACUGUAUGAAAAAUCUUUCCUGAUCUAUCUAAGAAAGUGGAUGACAGAUAACAACAUUUUACCUAGCGAACAGUCAGGAUUGCGGUCAGCACAUUCAACUACCACCAGAUUUACACAAUUUAUUCAGGAUGUUAGCACGUCAUUACAACAACACAUCGCAGCACUGAUCUUAUACACUGAUUUUUCAAAAGCAUUUGAUCAAUUGUGGAGACGUGGUUUGAUUUAUAAAUUGCAUAAACUAAGAUGUCCAAAAGAAUUGCUAUAA